AUGGGCGAGGCCAAGUUCCGCGCCCGCCGCAGCGCGACCCCAGGCACCACUGCCAUCUGUUCCCUGUUAAAUCGCACCUCGCUCCACCACCACCGCUCCGCCGCCUCCCAGACCACCCCCGACCACACCGCCGACUCCAGCGGCCGCAGCAUGGUCACUCCUCCCAGGUUUCUGUGCCGUGACCCCCACACCCUCGCUGCAAUCCGCUCUCUCCCAAGGUCCGGAAACCUCGUCUUGUUCUCCCCCGCCGUGCCGCCCGAGCCCGAGCCGCAGCCUUCGUUUGGAGACGAUGGCGGCGCGGUCCAGUCCCCGCCGCACACCAGCAAGAGUGGCCGUGCGAGCGGCGAUGCCCCAAUGGACCCGUUCGAGCCGCUUGGGCGCGCCCUGUCCCGCCACCAUUCCCGCGUGCGCCAUGUGCCCUACGUGCCCAGCGUCGGCAUGACGGGCACUCACCGCACUUUUCUCGAGCAUGCCUCCGCAAUCGUCCUGGUCGUUGUAUGCAAUGCCGAACAAGGCCGCAGCAGACGGCCCCCCUCUUCUGGGAAGUUUGAACAGCCUGACCGCUCAACCUACAUCCUUCCUCCCCCACGCCAAUCCUCAACCACGCCUACCCAGGCCUCGUUCAACCAUGACGCGCUUCCUUGGCCCCACCGCUCACAGCACAAUCCAUCUUCCGAUUCCUCCUUCCGGUUCGCAUCUCAGGUUUUCGUUGCAGCAGCAGAUCUAGGGGAGCGGACUGGACCCGAUCCUGCCAUUCCAACAGUGCUGCUCAUCGUCGGCGAGGAUGAAGCCGAGGCCGUGAGGCGAAACGACCAGCUGGACAUGCUGAUGGACGAGCUGGAAGCUGAGUAUGACAUGCGAUUCCGGCCCGGCCCGCAGGUUGUGCUGGUUUCCAGGAGCUAUUCAAGCGGCGCCCUGAGAAGAGUUGCAGGGCUGAUAGCUGGGAGUGAGGAGUGA